AGAGUCCGCGCCCCUCGCAGCUGUGCGCCAUGGGCUUGGAGCUCUACCUGGACCUCCUGUCCCAGCCCUGCCGGGCCAUCUACAUCUUCGCCAAGAAGAACUGCAUCCCCUUCCAGCUGCACACCGUGGAGCUGCGCCAAGGUCAGCACCUCAGCGAUGCCUUUGCCCGGGUGAACCCCCUGAAGAAGGUGCCAGCCAUGAAGGAUGGGGACUUCACCUUGGUGGAGAGUGUGGCCAUCCUGCUCUACCUGGCACGCAAGUACAAGGUCCCCGACCACUGGUACCCCCAGGACCUGCAGGCGCAGGCCCGUGUGGAUGAGUACCUGGCGUGGCAGCACACCACCCUGCGGAGAAGCUGCCUCCGGGCCCUGUGGCACAAGGUGAUGUUCCCCGUUUUCCUGGGUGAGCCGGUGUCUCCUGAGCUGCUGGCAGCCACCCUGGCCGACUUGGAUGUGAACCUGCAGGUGCUGGAGGACAACUUCCUGCAGAACAAGGCCUUUCUUGCCGGGCCCCAAAUCUCCCUGGCCGACCUGGUGGCCAUCACGGAGCUGAUGCAUCCCGUGGGUGCCGGCUGCCAAGUGUUUGAAAGCCGGCCCAAGUUGGCUGCAUGGCGCCGGCGUGUGGAGGCAGCAGUAGGCGAAGACCUCUUCCGUGAGGCCAACGAGGUCAUUCUCAAGGCCAAGGAUUCCACACCUGUGGACCCCACCAUAAAGCAGAAGAUGAUGCCAGGGGUGCUGGCCAUGAUCCGAUGAGCAUCCCGCGCUGCCCCGGGCAGUUCACGCAAGCUCCCGCCUUUCCAGGGUCCCAGGGGAGGUGGGCACAGCAAGAAGGAUCUUGCCUGAGACUUAUCCUCAGCUCUGUGAGGCCAGGGCCCACCCCCACCCUUUCCUCCACAGCCUCCUGAAAGCCACCAUAAUGAUUAGCACACACUGCAGCUUGUUAAUUGCUCUGUAUCAAGCACAGAUAAUAAAUUUAGACUCAGCCUUGG